AUGUCGGGUUCAGGUAAACCCACUGGGCUAGACCUCGGUGAAAACAAAGGUCCCAACAUUCUUGCACCCAUGUGGGCUCUCACCAUGAUCAUGAUGUCGCUGGUGUGUGCCAGAAUAUUCAUCCGAGCCAGGGUGGUGAAAAAAGUAGGGUUGGAUGACUGGAUCAUCAUGGUAUCGAUGCUGAUGGGUCUCGCUUACCUUGGUAUCACCACAGCCAACGUCGUUACCGGUUACGGUAGACAUGCAGCAGCGCUGGAUACUCCGCAUCUUGAGAUGGCUAUUUUGUUAAACACAAUUGGCUUUCUCUUUGGAAUCCUGUCUUUCACAUUACCGAAGAUUGCAGUCGCAUACAUGUUGACCCGGAUUCUUAACCCCAGCAGGGGUCACAAGAUAUUCGUGUUCGGCUUGGUUAGCUUAGCUGCGGUGGUAUCGAUUGUGUGUAUUCUCAUUCUCUUCACGAUGUGCUCUCCACCACAGGCGCAGUGGCAGGUGACAAGACCGGAUAGAGUUUGCCGCAGUCCCUGGAUUCUCAUCGAUUAUGCCAUCUUCACUGGUGCUCUUUCCGCCUUUGUUGAUCUAUACCUUGCAGUAUACCCGGCAGUUGUUUUGUGGAAGCUCCAUAUGUCGACGAAAAAGAAACUCGCCCUCACGGCUGCACUCGGCCUGGGUACAGUUGCUGCUGCAAUGGCCGUUGUCAAAUGUACUCAGCUGAAGGGUCUUGCUGAUACAGCUGAUUACACCUAUGGUACCUGGCAACUGGUGAUUUGGACCAAUGUCGAAGCCAAUGUCGUUGUCAUCGCCUCGUGUAUUCCAACUCUACAACCACUACUCGAUUUCAUCCUCGGAAGGAAGAGAAAGGGAUCGAGCUACAACAGCCGAUCUUUCAAUCGACUGGAAAAGGGAAGCCAGGGACUCAACGGGUCGCGAUCGAUUGAGAUGCGUGGUGUUCGAAGCAAGCAACAGAGCAUCAGCGUUACCAAUGUCGAGGGUCAGGACAGCCAGGAGAGCAUCCUAUCACCCGACCAUCGCCAUCAACCUAGCGAUGAUCUUAAGCAUAUCCGCAGGACGGAUAACGUGACGGUACAAUAUGAGCCACGAGAGAAUAGCUCAAAGGCAACUUCUACGGGCAUGUGUUCAAGUACCGGCAAAGAACACUCGUAUAUUUUUCGUGCAACAAUAAUAAUCCAUAUUUCUGUUAUUAUAUUGAAUUUACCAUAUCCCACACGCCCUAUAAUUUCUACCACGAUGGGCUCCGUGAAGCUGCCGCAUGUGCCCCGCGCCGGUGUAUGGGCGCCAGCAGUGACCGCCCUCAACCAAGAGACUGACACCCUGGAUUUGGAGACGGCGAAGAAAUACUAUGAUUACCUGUCUCGCUCGGGCUUGGCUGGCUUGGUUAUUCUGGGUACAAAUGCAGAAACAUUCCUGCUGACGCGAGAAGAGCGAGCGCAGCUCAUCACUACUGCUCGUGAAGCUGUUGGGCCCGACUAUCCCCUCAUGGCUGGUGUUGGCGGGCACUCGACGAAACAGGUCCUAGAAUUUAGCCAAGAUGCGUAUAAUGCCGGGGCCAACUACCUCUUGGUUUUACCGCCUGCAUACUUUGGCAAACAGACCACGCCGGCCGUGAUAAAGCGAUUCUAUGCAGAUGUCGCGCGAAAAGCGCCUCUGCCCGUCAUACUGUAUAAUUUCCCCGCGGUGACCAACGGUGUCGAUCUCGACUCUGAGAUAAUUACCGACAUUGUCAAUGCAUCAGCUGCCGAGUCUCCUAGCGGGGUCAGCAAUGUCGUCGGUGUGAAGCUGACCUGCGCCCAAGUUGGAAAGAUCACCAGGCUCUCCAGCACUUUUGGGCCUGACAAGUUCUCCAUCUUUGGCGGCCAGUCUGACUUCCUCUUGGGCGGUCUGUCCGUCGGGUCAGCCGGGUGCAUUGCUGCAUUUGCAAACAUCUUUCCCAAGACGUUAUCCCAUAUUUAUGACCUCUACAAGUCCGGAAAGGUUCAGGAAGCAUUGGCGCUGCAUCAAAAGGCUGCCCUUGCAGAAAGCCCGAGCAAGAGUGGUAUUGCGACCACCAAAUAUGCGGUCGCCAUAUACUCGGCGCCAAAGGCUGGCAUUGAGAAUGCAGAGGAAAAGUUUCAACCACGAACACCGUAUGAGCCGGCCACUGAGGCUAUAAAGCAGCUUGUUCGUAAAGCUAUGGCGGAGCUGGCAGCUUAUGAGGAUAAGCUGUGA